CGAGAAGACUUGUGUGUGCCUGUUUGGCCUGUUUGGAAGAGCGUCCACUGCCAUCGAAGUACAAGGAAACUCAUAGUCUGGAUUCUGACAUUUACCGAGAAAUUUAUACAUUCAAGGUAUUGAAAAAUGGCACGUACAAAGCAGACAGCGCGUAAGUCAACUGGAGGAAAAGCUCCUCGUAAGCAACUGGCCACCAAAGCUGCACGUAAAAGUGCACCUUCUACUGGUGGUGUGAAGAAGCCUCAUCGUUAUAGGUUUGUUAUUGAAUUAUUAUUGCAAAUUGAGAGUGAAAUUGCAGACUUAGUAGAUGAAACUCAUUUUUCAAAUUUAUUAAUUUUUAUUUCUAGGCCUGGUACUGUAGCUCUUCGUGAAAUCAGAAGAUACCAGAAGUCUACUGAAUUGCUUAUCAGAAAAUUGCCAUUCCAACGAUUGGUUCGUGAAAUUGCACAGGAUUUUAAAACUGAUCUACGUUUCCAGAGUGCAGCCAUUGGUGCACUUCAGGAAGCCUCUGAAGCUUAUCUGGUUGGUCUCUUCGAAGACACCAACUUGUGUGCAAUUCAUGCCAAGCGUGUCACCAUUAUGCCCAAGGACAUCCAACUGGCUCGACGAAUUCGUGGAGAGCGCGCUUAAAUAUUAUUGUUUUUCAUCAUCAUAUGCAUACCCUUUAUUCUUACUGUAAGGAUAAUGACAAUUCAUCAUGAUCCAUGGAUUCAUAUUAUUUUUUAUAUCUUUUCUUCCAUUCCAAUUUUAGAUUUCAUUUCGUAUAAAAAUUCACGUGCUUAUACUCAUUCUCUGGAUAUAUAAUUAUGUGUAUGGUAAUACUUCAAUGAAGUGCUUCUCUUCGAUUUCGUCAUUAAUAGGACUGAUUCUACACAUGUAGAUCUGCGUUGGUUUGUUUUAUAUCAAUGAUGAAUAUAUAGCUAUGUUGUGUCAUCAAUAUCAUCUAAUUGCAUUGGAAAACCCGUGGAUACUUUAUCGAUAUGUCUUAGGGAGUAAUGAAAUAAUAAUUAUUCAAAUAAUCAAAAAAGCUAACCCGAGUAUGGAGUACCCAAGAAUUUCGACUGCGUACAUAUUAAUAAAUUAUCUGAAUUAUAUUCCGAUAUUUCAUAAUUCAUUGUGUGACUAAAAAGAAAGUUUCGUAAAUAAAUUUGCUGUAUGUAAAAUCUA